AUGAAUAUUCGGAUAUUUUUCGAAUCAUUGGUUGAAUUUUUGUCGACAUUUUUCGGACAACAUCGGACAUUUCGAAAACGAAUUUGGAGCAAAAAUAAGUGACACUGAUAAGCGAUCAGUGUGUUUAUGUAGAAGGAGUUUUUUGUCCUCUAAUGUCCAGGAAAACAAUGGGUUAGACAUUGUAGUUUAUUUAAAUUUCAAAUCAAAAAAAUUAUGAUUGAGAUUCUAAGAUCAUUGAAAAAUUACAGGUCGACGUGGAAAAUGCAAACCUCUCGGAAUUCCCAUUAUUUUCUUCUGCUCACAUUUUGGAAGCUGAAUUAUCAGCUGGCGAUGCACUUUUUAUUCCUGAAAAAUGGUGGCAUUUUGUGAGAUCCACGUCAUCAUCUAUUUCUGUGUCAUUUUGGUUUGAUUAGACUUUGAGUUUGAAUUCGGAGAAACUCAUGAAUAAGCAGCUGGAAUUAUGAUGAUUUUGAGAAAAUCAGAAACGUGUGUAUUUUGAAAAUACAUUUUCUCGGUGAGUUUUUUUUAUCGUGUGAAAAAGUUGUUGUCUGGAAAUAAUGAAAACCUGUAAUUAUUUUGAUUUAUUUUUGGAACUUGGGUUUGUUUUUGAAAAUUCAGUAGUUUUGUUUUCAAAAAUUGUCUAGUGUGAGACUAAUUUUCAAGUUGCGGGAAAAACUUCGGAAUUCCCAGAGAUAAGAAUGAAUUUUCUCUCGAAACAUUUUUUUAAAGUUUUGAGCUUCAGAUUCAUAUGAAAAUUUUAAUUUCUGCUCUUUCCAAAGUUGUUUAGAACUCUAUUCCAAAACGAACAUCAACCUUUUUUUCAAGCUAGAUUUAACCCCCAGAUAAAUCUUAAAGUUUUCUCGAUGCCAUUUCCUCCCUCCAUUUUUUUCUUUCUUUUUUCGCGCCCAAAAUAAUUGCACGUUUGAAUAAAAAUUCAUAAUUACUACUUCGAACUAGUUUUCAGUUUUUCUUUCUUUUUUUGUCUUGACAUUUCUCAAUCUGACUCAUCGAGAACAUAUUUUGAGAACAAAUCCGUGCAAGGAUUAAAAAUACCAAAAAACGAAAUUCAUUCAUUUUUCUGUUUUCACGUAAAACUGGAGAAUUAUUUUUAUUUCCUCAUUUUUUUGCUAUUUAUUUCUGGAACAGACAAAUAAUAGUAUAAAAAUAAUUGUGAGAACCGGAAACUUUGAAACACAAAAAAAAUCUCUUCGAAUCUCCCCAGUUUUUGAGCUUUUUCUCUUCUGUUUUUUGUGUUUCUAAGGACAAAACGCGAAUUUUUAAGCGGUUUUUUCUCAAGUGGAUAGAAAAGCUAAGAAAAAAGAAGUCAUUUUAGAAAAGACGGCAAGAUGAGCCUUUUUCUUAUUCUUGAAUGAUGUUUGAAGUGAAGUGAUCUCUUUGUUGCCGAAUUUUAGAACAACGCUUGAAAAGAGUACUGUAGCUCAAAAAAUUUCGAAUUUCCGGAUUCUCAACCCAAAACAACGCCACGUGGCAGAAAACCAAGGAAAACAUUUCCAUAAAGAUUCAAGUGAUAAAUUCACAAAUCUGAAGGCUCCACACCUAGUUUUUUUUGUAGUUUACAAUUUUUUUUUCAAAAAUCUUCAGUGAAUUAAUACUGAUAAUUUUUAGGCUCUACUUCACUGGCCCAUUCUGAUCCCAUUAGUUGUUUUUCUCCCAAAAAGUCAGAUAACUUUUUCUGAUAAGGAUUAAUAACUUUCGGUUAUCUUUUUAGGUAUCUAAAAAAUAUUCUAGGAAUUUUCUACUGUGAUCUUUUUUGUUUUUUCUUGAUCUAAAAAAUCUAUGACAGAAUAGAAUACUAAAUAUUUUUCAUGGAAAAAAGGCAAAGCAAAAAAUAUUUAUGUUAAAUUACCUAAUCUGUAUUCAUGGUUCGUAGAUCAGUUUCAGCUUUUGCUUCAGAAAACAAAUAAAUCAGAAGAAAUCGGAUUUUUCCUAACAUCACAACCUAAUAAUAACAAUAAGUUUAUUGAGUUAUCCAAAGUUGCCUUUCUACUUUUUCUUCUUCUUCUUCUUCUAUGUUAUUAUUAUUAUUAUUUCUAGAUUUUCUUUAUUUUUUUAUUCUCAAUUUUUCUUGUUAUUGACACUUUCUUUUUCUUCCUUCUUAUUUUAUUUUUUCUGAGUCAGUCACUAAGAUUUAUACUUAUUUUUGACUUGUUUUUUCCUUCCUUUCUCACUUUCUUUCCGUUUUUCAGUCUGGAAUAGAUAGGUCAAUCGAAAAAAUACCGGGAAAUAAAUAAAGAAAUAAAAUAAAGUGUUUUUUGUCGCCUUAUAUGCAUAUAUGGGCACAACAAUAUGAAUAUAAGUCAAUUUUCUGUUUUUUCCCAAAAAAGUUUUCUUCGUCGGUGGAGGAGAAGAAGUUGAAAAAAUGGGAAACGAAGAGGUUUUUCUGCAAACACAAACCCUGUCGGUUUGGAUUUUCAAGAGGUUGACGUCAUUUUUUUUCUUGAUUUGGGGUGAAGUCAUUUGAUUCUGAACUUAGAAGUUCUGUAGUCAAGUCUUGUAGAAUGUUUUUAAAGUCCUAGAUUUCCAGAAAUUUUGUCUCGAGUUGUUGUUUUUACCAAGUUCUUAUAUAAUUUCCAUUAUUAAAUCACCAUUUUUCGAGAAUUACAGGCGGUUUCAAUGUUCGCUCCAGCUUCUCAGAAUUUUCAUUUCGAAAUUUGGAUUCCAGAUUUUCUGGAAACCAAGCUAUUGUCUCCAUAUUUAUUUCUAAAAGUACGUCAGUCUGGCUGAAAACUGAAUCUAGUCUUAAAAAUUUGAGCUCUUUAGUGUUCCAGAGUUCAUCUGCUUUAAAAAUUAUGUGUUCUUUUUUGGUUCAACAAAAUCCGAGAUCAGAUCAUUUUUCACUUCAAGCUUUUUUUCCAAUUCUUUUCAUUUUCCACACAAUUUCCAGAAGUUCCUCGAACUUCCGAAAAUAAAACAACAAACUCUUCGUCCCAUUGUUUACCUCUUUGGUUUUUGUUGUUGUUUUUUCUGGCUCAUUCCGAAACCCGCGAAUAUUUUUCAUUUUUUCCCUCUGCGCUUUUCUUUUUUUCGGACCUCACUAUAAAUAUUCUAAAAUUCACAAAAUGCAAAACUGCACUUUUUGCGAACAAAAAAACAAAACCAAAACAAUCUUCUUUGUCUUUUCUUUUUUUCUGACAUGUGGUGGAGAAAAAAUGUUUUAUUGGUGAGUAUAAUAAGAUUUUCCGAUUUCGUAUUUCUUGUUUUGGCUUCCCAACAUUUUUCAUUUGACUUUUUGAAUCGCGAGUUUUCAAAGACAGCUGAAAAUUUUCAUAGCAACUUCCAGAAUUUUUUUUUUGAAAAAAAAUAACCGUAGAUAAUUUUUGUUCCAGGAAAAAUUUAACAAGUGAAUUUAAAAAAUAGUCGAGUUAGGUUAAAUUUUAAAAAAUUCCGAUUUUGUAUUUUUUCCAUCCCACUAUCGAUUGUUAAUUUUUUUUAGAAAUUCAGAAAGCAGCUGAAAAUUUUUAGAUAAACUUCUAGAACUUUUUUAAAAGCAUUUUUUGUUAGAAAAAAAUUUAUCGCAUAUAACAUUUGUUUGGAAAAAACCUGAAAAUGGUCCAGUUGGAAAGUACAAGCAAAUUUUAGAAGAUUUUUAUUUCUUAUCAAUUUGCUUUGUUUUAUUCAUUCAAUUUUUCUUGAAGUUUAUUUCGAAUUUGAAAAGCAGCUGAUAAUUCUACUUUUUUUCGAAGAAAAUAUAUCUCAAACAAAAAAUACAAACACUUUUUCUCCCAAAAAAAGUUCUAAAAAUAGUCCAGUAAGUUAGUACAAGUAAAUUUUAAGUUUCUUUCUUUUCUUCAUUUAUUCAUUUAUAACUACAAUUUUUCUUCCUUUUUUGGCAUCUUGAAAUAAUUGGAUUUCACAUCCUCUUCUCACACUUUUUCUAUUUUUUUGUGUUAGAUUUGUUAAAAAUACAUACACCCACAAAACUCAUAAUUAUAGAAGAUUUUUCUUUUUUCAUUUUUUCUUCAUUCAAAAAGUGCACAUUCAUAUUAAACGAAGAUUUUUCUUGUUGUUGUUAUUGUUGUUGCUUUGUCAGUCCCCAAAAAUACUCAUACACUCAUGAAUAUAAAUAUCUGGGUUUUUUAUCUAUCCAUCUAGCUCUAUCUAUAGAUAAUCAAGGGGGCGGUACUGUAGCUCAGGGCUCAAAAUAUUUUCCAUAUUUUCAUACUCAUUCCCCAUGAGAAUGACGAUGCUCUCGACACCUUUUUUCUUGUCUUGUGCUCCUCGUUUUUUCCUUGAAGUACAUUUUUGUCGUCGGGGGUGGAUUAUCGUCUUGGCGCUCCCUUAUCCAAGUAUUUUUUCGCUCAUAUAAAUAAUUUGUCAUUUUUUUUUCAAACUUCAAAAUAGUUUUUUUUUCCAGUCUCCAAGAAAAUGGGAAAUGAUCAUUCGACAUCGACUUCGGCUAAUAUGGAUAUGAAAGCGAGAAGAAGUUUGGAUGCUUCGAUGUUUAACAAGGUGAGUUGCGAAGAAAACAUCUGACAAGUUAUUUUUAGAAUCUAGAAGAAGUUGAAAUCUGAUCCCCCUUUUCAAUUCCCCGUGAGAAAUAAUUAGAUUUUGUUUUGAAUUCCAGUUCCUCUGGUAGACGGGGUUAGGUUAAUUGCGUCAGUUGACAUAUCUCCAAGGAUUUUCCGACUAGACACCUGCUUUUUAAUUAGUCUGACAUUUAUGGUGAUAUUUUGAGCAUACGUCAUUUGGUAUUCGGAAGGGAAUUGAGAACAUUUCUUAGGAUUUGUGGGAAAUCAGAAAUAGAAAAAGGUUUUUAGAGUGAAACUUUUUUUUGAAAAUAAUUUUUGUAAAUUUGUGAAUCGAAUUUGAAUAAGCAAUUUUUGAUGAAGUCCACCCGUUGUGAGCCAUAAUACAAAAUCUCAAAAAAAAAUUCGAAAAAAUUCUGCUGUCCGAAUCCCCUUUUUUCAAAUUUCCAGAAAACGUUUCGAACCACCUAGUUUUUUUUCAAAUCUCUUGAUCAAAAUACACAAAAAGUGUCGCCUUGUCCAUCUUCAAAAUACGCUGUCAGAUUUCAAAUCGGAAAAGGAACACUUGUCCUUUUUUUUCUGCUUCACAAAGCAAAAAAAAAAUCGCAACACACACAAAAGCAGGAAACAUUUAUAAUCGGUGUUCUCCGAUUCUCGUGGGACAUCUUUUUUUGUUCUUUUGUCUGAAAAUAACCUUUGACAUUUACACAUUGACUUUUUCUCUUCAAUCCAUGAAUAGAAAAGAUUCGAAUCAAUAUUUUGACUACAGUUCAGCUGAAAAAAUUGCAGGGAACUUCAGUGUUCCUUUUGUCGUUCGUUAGAAGAAAGCAAGUCUAGGAUAAGAAGAGAAAGCCAAACAAAGUGGAGAAAAUCCUUUUUCAUGAUCAAUCAUGUGGAACUUUUGGCACCUUUUUUUGCGUUUUGUCGUCGCGAGUUCCCAACUUCUUCUUCUUAAAACCUCCGUGUCUGUCUAAAAAUACGUAUCCCUUUUUUUCCAGCCAGAAAAUGUAAAGUUUUUUUUGAGACAAACUAGAAUUACCAUAAAUGGGUGAAAUGGAGCUCGAGGAUCGAGUUACAACAUCUCGCCCAGUUUUUUCGGUUUUUUUUCGUGUCUGCGUUUAUUUGAGAGCACGUCAUCGGGUUUUGGGUGAGGUUUUGGAUUUGUUUUCUAUUGCAUUAGAAAUUCAUACAAUUUUUCUGGUUUUUUUUUGCUCGAAAAAUCGGAGAAUGAGGAAAAAGACAAAUGAGUUGUCGAUAUUUGGAUUUGUUUCGUUGGUCCGAUUAUUUUUAACAUGAGGUCGUAGUUUUCGAAAGUAACAAGUAGAUUCCCAAUUUCUUAAUCUAAAUUUUAAGGGCCUAGUUUGAAUCUGGAGACUAGCAGAGCCUGGAGAGCCACAGUUCUCAGACAGUACUUGUUUUCUCCAAAGUUUUCACACAUUUUUCGAAAUCUACACUUUUAUUCUCGAGUACUUUUUCUUCGCUUUUCCCUUCAUUUUUUUCCACGUCAUAGAUUUUUGCUCGCUUCUUCCGAUUCGAUUCAUUUCGUUUUUCUCAAGCCUUCUCAAUUUCAAAAAAAAACCCACCCAGUCGGUAGGAAAAAAUAAAUAAAUGUGAUUCGAUUAUGAACAGAAAAAAAAUAGAAAAGAUUUAGGGGUUUCCUCGAUCUUCUUUCAGUCAGCUUUCAGCUUUCGGUGGAUUUCCGCCUUCAAAACAAUUAUAAGUGAAUAAUGUCGACCACCCAGAUACAUUUAUCAUCACAUUUUUUGCUUUGCUUUUCGGUUGUCUUGGAAUUUUCCUCUAUUUUUAUUUUUUAUAUAGUUUUUUUUGUGCUGCGUCGAAGAAAAAUGUAUGGCUCGACUCGUAAAUCCUUUAUGUAUGCAUGUAUGUAUUUGCUUUGUUGGACUACUUAUCCGCCAUUUUUUCGAACAAAAAAGUGACGUGAUUUUGUCUGUCUGGAGUGACUGACUGAGUGGAUUUUUCUUCGCCAAAUCAAUUAGAAUUCCCAGGUGACUUCUUCUAUCAUUGAGUGACAACUUUUUCCACAUUUUUUUUUGAAGAAAGAAGGUGUUGUUUUGCAAAAAAGGCAGAGUUAAGCCACCAUUCGGCAAGUAUUUUUGAAACACAAAAGGGCAUCUUUUUUUCAAUUUUUCGAAGACAUUCACUUUUAUGAGGCAUCACAUCACUCAAAACAAAUCUGGUAUAUUGGAUGUUGAAUGAGGCGUGGUCCUUUUGGUCUGUCAUGUUUGUGUGUUUCGAAACGAAACUCUUGACUCAUUCCCAUGAAUUAUAUUAAUUAUAUAUCAGCGCAAGUUUUAGUUUUCAAGAAAAAAAAAGAAAAUAUCACCAAAUUUGGGGACUAAUUUUAUUAGACAUAUGUCAUGCAUGAUAUCAUAUAUUCCUCCGACAAAAUAACUUGUUAAUAAUAAUUAUGAAUACAUCAGUCCAAUCCGGAAAAAAUGCACGUUCUCUUUUUCUCGGCCGACGACAAAACAACAAGGUCCGUCCUUCCGUUCGACACGUGCAUAUCUAAUCAAUUCAAAAUUUUCUUGUCCUCUCGUUUUAUUCCGUUUUUCACCCUACCCCAAACUUUUCCCUCCCUCCCUUCUGUUUGAAUUCCGGGUGUUGAUUAAGGAAGUGGUGGUGGUGAAGCGACGGCUGAUUUCGGUGGACUCGCUUGAUCUUGUCGCGUUUUUUGCUCUGUCUGCUUGCAAAAAUUUUGGAAGACUUGUGAACGGAAAAAACAACCAACAAAAAUAGUAAAAUGUUUGCCGCCAGCAGGGGUCGAACCUGCGACCUUGGGCUUAUUAGACCCACGCUCUAACCGACUGAGCUAUGGCGGCUGAUAUUUCUUGUUGCGAAAAUGUUGUUGAUAAGAAAAGUUGAUUGAAUUGUAUGUUGUAAUAUAAAUAUGAUGAGUUGUUUUUGCUUCUUCUUCUUCUUCCAUCAUAUUUUGGGCACAUCAUUCAUUCAUUCAUACUGAAAUAGAGAGGGAGCGCGUCCCUUUCUACUCUCCUUUUCUUUUUUUUUGUGCUCCUUUUUUGAUGCUCUUCCUUUUUUUUGCUUGUGCCGUGCCUAUCGUGACAAAUCAUUAUAGUUAGCAAAAAACACUACUACUACUACUUGACUUUGGAGAGAUGAUGUGCUUCUUCCUUUCUAUUUUUCUCAUUUUGAUUUGAAUUGGUUUGUCUCUUUUUUUCCUUCUUCCCGUUAUUUUGUUUUUCUGUUUUGCUUUUCCUUUUCCCUUCAUCGCAACGCUUCAAUUUUUAAUGAGAUCUUCAUUGUUUCAAUAAUUGGUUGUCAUAACAAAUUUUGGCAACAUUAUUUCCUAUUUUCAAAUAGUCAUUAGUUUCACGUCCGCUUUUUUUUUUUGCUAUAAUCGUAUUUCCGAAAAGGAUCAGUUUCAAAAGUGCAGCAAUUUCCGGUCAUGCGGAAGGACGAUUUUUAGUUUAGUAAAAUUAGUGUUCUCAACUUUUCCCAUCUAUUCUUUCAUUAUUUUUUUUCAUAUAUUGUUUCAUUUUUUCAACUAAAACUCUCUGAAUUCAUUUUUUUUCAUUAUCAAAAGUCCAACCCCCUUUCAAAGAAAUCCGAAACUUUUUUAUUUACUUUCCGAAUUUCCAAGCUUCCAAGAACCAACCACCAUUUUUUCAAGUGAUCUCAUUUUUUUCAAAAUGUUUUUUUCUUCUAAAAAAUUAGCCCCAUCAGGCUUUUCUCAUUCUAUAAACAAAAUCCAUGAACACCUUAAAUUAUUCAAAUAUUUAUGACGUGCAAGCCGAGAAAUAAUAAAAAUCCCGAACCAAAUCAAGUGCAUAUAAUUAAUUUCAUCUUUUUUUUGCUACUAAUUUUUUUUCAUCCCAUCUUUGGCUUCUUUCAACUAACCCCGCCCAUUUUGAGAUUGAACACUGACAAGAAAAAAAGAAAAAUCUCUAUCAAAACUCACAAUUCAGUUGCGUUUGAAAAGAAUGUCGUCGCGAUCUUUUCAGGCUAAACAUUCGUGUUCGACACCUCGAUCAUCGGUUGCUUUACCAGGAGGUGGCGGAACUAUUCCACCAUCGCCGAUUCAUCGAACAUCUACUGAUUAUUCAAGCCCGUCGCCGUGAGUUUCAUUAUUUUUUGAAUUUUGAAAUGAAAUGACAAAAUUAUUUUUCUGCCAACAAAAAAUGGGACACGUUCAUACAUAAAAUAGGUCCCCCGAGUCAGUUUUUCAAAGUUAGGGUCCCUCCUUGAAAAUUUUCCAAAGUUAAACACCUUCUUCACAUUUUUGAGCGAAUUUUGGACAAAUCUGGGAAUUUUGGUAAAUUAUCAGCAGAAAAUUGGCCAAGUUAGGCACCCUUCCCUUCAGAUUUUUGAAAAAAGUUAAGCCCCUCACCCCGAUUCUGGGGACCCAUUUUAUGUAUGGACACGUUUAAAUUUUUUAAUACGUGAAAUUGUUUAUCUAAUUUAAUUGUCUUUAGAAAUGAUGGGUUUAUAAAUGUGAAAAUGAGCGAUUUCUUCGCGUGAUAUUUGGUGAAGAUGGUUAGUCACGUGACUACCAAUUUAAAGGUCCGGGUUCGAUUCCCGGGCUGGCCAAAUUAGGCGAGCGACCGUUUAGAAUUCGUUAUUCACUGAAAUAAUUAGAAAAAAAUAAGAAAAUUCCAAAAAUUAGGAAAGUUUACUUGUUUAGUAUAUCAAAUGACUCAAGUUGAAAAAAUAAAAAAAAAUUAGGAAAUUGGAAGUUUAGAAAAAAAAUAUGAGAAGUUGGAAAGUUGAAAGUUAGGAAAAGAGAACCUUUAGAAAUUUCGAACAAAUAUUCAGAAAUUCAGAAAGCAGGAAACCUGCGAAACUUGAGAUUUCGAAAAUCUAAGAAAUCUUGAACUUAGAAAUUGUCUGAAAAGACUUUGGAAGUAGAAAGCUAAGAUUCUAUCAACAUAUCCUGUUCAGGAUCUGGGAACUGACAAUAUAGAUAUAAAUUGAGAAAACUAGCAUGAAGCUAUUAGGAGAUUCGGGAACCUGGAGACUCUAGAAAUCCGGAGAACUCUGAUGAACCUUAGGAGGCCCUAAAAUCACCCCAAGACAUUCAGAGACCUCAAAAAUCUGGGGAGAAGCGAACCUUAAGUACUUGGGAACUUUACAGCCUGCAAGCUUUUAACUUGAAAGACGACAGGCAAAAAAUCUCUAAAAAUCGGAUUAAUGUUAAGUCUCAGAAAUUUUGGUAACUAACUUGUCCUAAAAGUUUGAAAUUUUUAUGAAAAUCUUCAGGAUUUUACGAAAUUUCCCCACAUUUUCCAGAAAAAUCCAAUUUUCGAACAUCGAAAAACAAAUCGAUUACAUCUCUGAAAUCCUUCAAGAAACCUUUGAGCGAAAAACUUUCAACUUUCUCAUAUUUUUCUGACUCUAUGAAAUUAGUCAGUCUCUCUCUAAAAAUCACCAAAUCUUAUUUCGAAAUCAUUUCCAUUUCUAAAAAAUGCCCAUUUUCAUCUACCGUACUUUUAUUUGUAUCUCACGUCAUAAUAUUUUUCUUCUUUCUUCCUUCCAUUUUACAUUAGAUCUUGUUGAUCAUAAAAACCAGAGAGUCAUAAAAGGAUUUUUCACAUAAAAAACAUAGUGCACAUUUGGGGUGAGGCAGCAAAAAAUAAGGGUGUAAGAGUAGGAUGUACAACACAUUUACUUUAUGUACAUCAUAUACCGUAUAUGAUAAUGUGCUGCUGCUGUUGAAGUGAGAUGGAAAAAAUGGGUGGAGUUAGUUAAAAGCAUUUUGAGUAUCUAGAUUUUCAUUUCAUUCUCAUUUUCACUUCGAAGACUUUUCAGUCGUCGGUCGAUCAGCGAACAAAUGGGCAACAAUGUACCAUCCCGAAGAAUGAGUCGAGCAACUAUUCAUCUCGAGAAUAGUAUCUCUGAAAAUGUGUCAUUUGUGGAUGCCUUGCAUUUGUCACCGUAAGUUGAGCUCUAUCAGAAUCUCUUAUAAAAAUUCAAUUUUUUAGACAUCAAGUUCAACUUUUGGUGUCUACUUGGCCUCGCAUCAAAUCGUCCAGCUCACUAUUCACACAAGUCUUCAAACUGUUGAUGACUCGCUCGCCGGUUUCUCGUGAGAUGUUUCAAAAAAUGUCGAUCGUCGGUGGCUUCUCAAGUGGCAAUGUUUGCGAUCUCAAUUCGCAUGCCAAACUUCUCAACGAACUUCUCGAUUCGUUGAUGGCGGAUUUGCAUCAACCGGCAAAAAUUGUGCAGGCAAAAUGUCAAGAUGUUGGAGCGGCACAUGUAAAUAUGAAUGAGAAGUGCUGCGGAACUGUCUUCGAUCAAUUGGGAGAAUGCUUCACGGAGGUGAGGAAUGAGUCAUGGUGCUGAGGUUCUCAACUUUCAGCAUCUAGCUUCUAACCUCCAUUCAUAAAUCUUCUAAUCAAUAAUUCUUCCAGCUGAUCACCAAAGUCGAAUGUGUUCGCUCAAAACGUGAAGCUGUCAAAUCGUGGAUGUGUGUUGUUUCAUACGUCGUCGACAGCAUCAAAUCUGGUUACAUGGAAGAAUGGGCGAAAAAAAGACGAGGUGGUCCAACUGCCAGCAAUGGAAUCGCUGGAAAUAAUGGACAAUGCCCAUAUUCCGCAUAA